AAAUCAAUACAUACCAAAAUUUUUGUUGAAGCCUCCAUCUCUCCAUCGUAUCAUCGUCAGCGUCGCCACGAAAGUAGAUCCAAAAAUAUGUAAACCAGAUUCCUUGGGCCGAGGCAAUUCUCUCUGUUGUAAACAUGUGGCAACGUAGUGUACCAAAUUAUGUCCGUGAAAUCCUCUGGGCCGAGAAUAGGUUUUCGUAUUCUCCUAAUCGUGUGAGUGGCACUUCGAUACUAACGGUAGUUCGGAACAAACCCCUUAAAUUCAAGCUGAUCAAAAGUUUGCCAAAACAUGAGCAGCGGAAACGGCGAAGUUUGCCCGAUUAUCAGAGGUAUUUUAAAGGACCUGACACAAAGGACUCCUUUAUCAGCUCGCUCCGAGUCGAUGACCUGGCUGAUGCCCAGCAAUACAAAGCCCAUCUGGAGCCGCCGAUUAUUCCGAAACAUAGAAGGAACGGCGCGUCAGGAUCCUAGCAACAAAUGGCAUGCCUACGAUAUAGAAAUCACAGAUCGUCUCUGGUCCCUCUGGGGCAGCAUGCAUCCCUGUGCCGCCUGGUUCGAUAAUAUGGUUAGAGGACGCCAGACCCUAGGCUGUUGUGUGGUGGCUUGCUGUGCGGCGAGCGUUUUUCGGCGCCUGGCGGAUUGGAAUGCCAAGCUAUUAGACGCCAUUGUGGUCAAUGGUGACAAAUACUAUCGGGAGAGUGUCGUUAGCAGCCAACGCUGGGACCAUAAUCUGGGCGUUGACGAUAUGUCCCUCCAUUGCGAAUUCGAGAGUAUGCGUUUCAUGGUGCAACUACAACUGUUGGCCUUUGGACAUCUAUACAGUGGACCGGCGAGUGCGGUGAUGAGUUUGUCAGAGGCCCUCAGCUACUUCUUCACCCGCUGCCAAUGGGGCAUAUUAGAGUGCCAGCAGCGACGUCUGGCCUUUGGCUAUACGUCGACGCAUGAGGGCGGCUAUUUUAUGUACGAUUGCAGCGAGUGGGAUAGGCCCAUAUUUCCGAAUGAUAUGGGAGCCUCUUACAUACUCCGCACCAAGCAACUCAUCAUUCUGCUCUAUUGUCUGAUCGUCACACUAAACGUACAACAAAAGAAUGUCGAGUUCCGAUUAUAUAAUGCCGAUAUAGCACGCAUACAAAACAAUGAAAACAAAUACGCCGAGGACGAUGAGGUGGAGGUGAAGACGAAGAAAACAUUAAAACAUUAACACAGAUAUUGAUAAUAGAAUUAUUGUUUAAAAAUAUUAAAAGGAUUUUUUUCUUUAUUUUUCCACUCGUA